GGAGACCCUAAGAAGCCGAGAGGCAAAAUGUCAUCAUAUGCAUUCUUUGUGCAAACCUGCCAGGAGGAACACAAGAAGAAGCAUCCAGAUGCUUCUGUCAACUUCUCAGAGUUCUCUAAGAAGUGCUCAGAGAGGUGGAAGACCAUGUCUGCUAAAGAAAAAGGAAAGUUUGAAGACAUGGCCAAGGCGGACAAGGCUCAUUAUGAGAGUGAAAUGAAAACCUAUAUCCCUCCUAAAGGGGUAACAAAAAAGAAGCUCAAGGAUCCCAAUGCACCCAAGAGGCCUCCUUCGGCCUUCUUCUUGUUCUGUUCUGAAUAUCGCCCCAAAAUCAAAGGAGAACACCCCGGCCUAUCCAUUGGUGAUGUUGCAAAGAAACUGGGAGAGAUGUGGAACAAUACUGCUGCGGAUGACAAGCAGCCUUACAAAAAGAAAGCUGCCAAGCUGAAGGAAAAGUAUGAAAAGGAUAUUGCUGCCUACAGAGCUAAAGGAAAACCUGAUGCAGCAAAAAAAGGAGUUGUCAAGGCUGAAAAGAGCAAGAAAAAGAAGGAAGAAGAGGAAGAUGAGGAAGAUGAAGAGGAUGAGGAAGAAGAGGAAGAUGAAGAAGAUGAGGAUGAAGAAGAAGAUGAUGAUGAUGAAUAAGUUGGUUCUAGCGCAGUUUUUUUUCUUGUCUAUAAAGCAUUUAACCCCCCUGUACACAACUCACUCCUUUUAAAGAAAAAAAUUGAAAUGUAAGGCUGUGUAAGAUUUGAUUUUAAACUGUACAGUGUCUUUUUUUGUAUAGUUAACACACUACCGAAUGUGUCUUUAGAUAGCCCUGUCCUGGUGGUAUUUUCAAUAGCCACUAACCUUGCCUGGUACAGUAUGGGGGUUGUAAAUUGGCAUGGAAAUUUAAAGCAGGUUCUUGUUGGUGCACAGCACAAAUUAGUUAUAUAUGGGGACGGUAGUUUCUUUUUCAUCUUCAGUUGUCUCUGAUGCAGCUUAUAUGAAAUAAUUGUUGUUCUGUUAACUGAAUACCACUCUGUAAUUGCAAAAAAAAAUUGCAGCUGUUUUGUUGACAUUCUGAAUGCUUCUAAGUAAAUACAAU